AUGGAAGAUGGUCCCUCCCUUCUGUCCUGGGAGCCGGAACCAGAGGGAGAAGCGCAGAUCGGUGGGUUUCCCGCUAGGACCGAGGAGCAGCCGGGAGGCGGCUCUGCGGGGAGCGAUCGCUGGGGUCCGUCCCGGCAGCAGGAAGUGACUCGCAGCCGCUUGGAGGAAGUGGGAUUGCGGCUGGGGCAGCAGAUGCUGAGUGGGGGAUUCUUGUUGUUUCAGAUGCCGGUGACCUUCGAGGAGGUGGCUGUGUAUUUCACCCAGGGGCAGGGGGCUCUGCUGGACCCCGCUCAGAGAGCCCUCUACAGGGACGUCAUGCAGGAGAACUACGAGACAGUGACCUCGCUGGGAUUCUCCCUUCCCAAACCUGACCUGAUCACCUGGCUGGAACAAGGGGAAGAGCCGUGGGUGCCCGAUCUACAGGCCUGCGAGGAAAGAGAGAUCUCAAGAGGUGCCCACACAGGUAACGAGCCAGUGAGUGAGAAAAAGGAGAGGAAUCAACAACAGGAAGUUCCUGGGCACGGAGAACCACAGGAGACCUUUGUGGGAAGAGCUGCAGGGAAUUUUUCCCAGUGGUUGGAAUAGGGAGAAGCCUGGGGAAAUUGGCAGAGGUCAGAGAGGCUGCUGAGAAACUACUCAAGGGAGCAAAUGGAUGAAUUUAUUAUCUGUGGGGAAGGAUA